AUGACUACCACAGUUCCCAAAGUUUUCGCUUUCCACGAGUUCACAGGGGUGGCUGAGGCCGUUGCAGACCAUGUUGUAAAUGCUCAAAAUAUGGCACUUGCAAAGGAACCGUAUGCCAUUCGGAAUGGAAGUAUAAGUGGGGGGCAUAACGCAGGAGCUAACGGGUCGUUAGCGGUGCCCCAACUGUCAGGACCCGUUUCAAGACAGCCAAGUACCAGAAGCAUAUCUGGUCGUGAACCAAGCACACCGGCAAGCGGAUCGUCAAAUCCAAACAUCAGGGCUCCCAGCAGCAGCAAACUGAAAAAAAUCAAGGAAAAACGGUUCAAAAUCGCACUUUCAGGUGGGUCUUUGAUUCAAGUACUACACGAGGGUUUACUCAAAAGACGGGACGUGCAAUGGGGGAAAUGGGACAUUUAUUUCGCAGAUGAAAGACUGGUACCCUUCGACUCCCCAGACUCGAAUUUCGGGCUCACCAAAAGCAAAAUUUUGGAUUUCAUCGAUGUAGCAGCAUAUGGAUCUCCCCGUGUUUUCCACAUCAACGAAUCACUGAUUGAGGACCCUCAGGAAUGUGCCGAUGACUACGAAAAGGUGCUUAUAAAGGGCUUUGCUGGCAGAGACUCUGUUAAACUACCGAUGUUCGACCUUUUUCUUUUGGGGUGCGCACCAGAUGGCCACAUCGCGUCGUUGUUUCCUAAUUUCCAAGAAAACUUGAGAGAAAAUUUGGCAUGGGUGAUUCCGGUCACCAGUGCUCCUAGUGGGCCUUCAAACAGAAUAUCGUUGACAAUUCCCGUGAUCUGCCACUCACAUCAGGUAACAUUUGUCGUGGAAGGUUCCACCAAGGCUCCCGUUGUAAAAACGAUUAUGGAACGUCCUGAAAAGGGUUUACCCAGUAGCAUCGUCAAUGAAGGAGCUGCGGGACGUGUGGCCUGGUUUGUUGAUGACGACGCAUUAAGUGAUGUCUUCGUUACGAAAAAGAAGUACAAAUUUUUGGUUCAUUCCGAGCAUUCCGAGCAGGCCCACAAUGAGAGCUAA